AUGGACAGCUGUGAGUCUCCCGUGGUUUCUGGGACAGACGAUGGGCUCAGCUCCUCCCAGCAGCAGCAGCAACAACCACAGCCCUGGAACGAACACUCUAGCUUGCAGGUUCCUUGCACCAACCAGGUCCCUUCCCUGGAUCCCCUGUCUCUGUCUGCUCCCUACCCUUCUCAACCCCAAAGCCCUAGUGCACCUCAUGACGGGGUGAGAGAACUACAGUCCCAGCAGCAACAGCUAAAACAGACAUCACCCCAGGCCCACCGUGAUAUAUCUGCCACAGGCCAGCUGCAUUCCAGAAGAGAGGGUCUUGAGGAAGAAGAGCAAGAAGGAGUGAGCUGUGGAGAGGAAGACGAAUCUGAAGACUUAGAUGAAAUGGAGAUUGACAGCUGUUUCCCAAGUCUUCAACCCUUUCCUGGGGUGCCGAUGGCUCCAGGGGGUGGGGGAAUGCCCACUCUUUUGCAUCAUCAGCCCACACGACAGCAGGGAGUGCCAGAGAGUGGGAGUGAGGAAGGAGAAGAGGAAGAGGAAGAGGAAAGCAGUGAUGUGGAGAACCUGGCUGGAGAGAUAGUCUACCAGCCAGAUGGCUCAGCCUACAUCGUAGAGAGCCUCAGUCAGUUGAUCCAAAGUGGUGGGGGUAUGGUACCCGGCAUGCUUCCCACAAACUCUCUCACCAGUGGGGGAAAACCGGGAGAAUCUGCUGGGACUUCAUCCUCAGUCUACCCUCAGAUCAUCAACACGUUCCACAUAGCCUCGUCCUUCGGGAAGUGGUUUGGCAAUUCAGACCAAGGUUUCCCCAAUACCUCAACCAUGGCAGGCCUAAGCCCUGUCCUGCACAGUUUCCGUGUCUUCGAUGUGCGGCACAAAAGCAACAAGGAUUACCUGAACAGCGAUGGGUCUGCCAAGAAGUCCUGUGUAUCCAAAGAUGUUCCCAACAACGUGGAUUUCUCCAAAUUUGAUGGGCUGGCCCUUUAUGGCAAGGGUAAGCCCAUUCUCAUGUGUUUUCUCUGCAAGCUGUCCUUUGGCUAUGCGCGUUCCUUUGCCACUCAUGCCGUCCAUGACCACCGCAUGACACUGUGUGAGGACGAGCGGCGGCUGCUAGGGGACAAGCAUGCAUCUGCCAUCAUCCAGGGCAUUGGGAAGGACAAAGAGCCCCUCAUCAGUUUCCUGGAACCAAACAAUAAGAGCACUCCUCUGCCAUCUACCCUGCACCCCAUUAACUCUGGCCAGAGCUUCUAUGGCACAUUUAGUGGUGUCCAUCUGGAGCCUGGAAGCAACAGUGGGGGCAGCGAGACUCUCCUGAACAAAGACUCUGACUCUGGCCCCCAGCAACAGCAGCAGCAACAAACCCCACUUAGCUCUGUCUUCUCUCUUGGAGGGUUCAACAUUCCCAAAGCAUCCGCUCUUACCUCAUCACCUGGCUCUGCCAAAGACUCCAUUGCCCUGCCCAAACAGGGAGGGAGAACAGAGGAGCCUGGUAGGAAAGAGUUGACAUGCAAGGGAGAGGAUGGGGGAACUGUGGGACAUGAAAGCAAGCACCUAUCAAGUCAAAUGGGGGGCUCAGAAGAAGAAGAGGAACUGUUACUAGGGGAGGAGGAAGAUGAGUUGGAGGCAGAAAGCACGGCAGUGGCCUGUGGUGGUAACAGUAGCAGUGAUGGGGGUGAAGCGGGGGAACCAGCUGUCUCAAACCAAAGCAUUUCCAAAUCUCCUUUAUUAAUGCCUAGUAGCGCUCUCCAGCCUUCUGCCUGCACCUCUGCGGUCAGUUCCACACUCAACAGCAAAGCCCCCGCUUCCACUUCCUGCUCUGUCAAGGAAGAGGGUUCAGCUGCAGAUGGUGGGGGGAGGACCUCAGAGCUCCCUCUGAGCUUUAACUGCCAGGGGCCCACUGUUCCCAUGGCAAUGGCAGCAGCCGCUGUCAGAAGGAGCGAGGAUGACACUGCUGGCACUUCCUCCUCACCUCUGUCCUCCAAUGCUGCUGCUGAUGAAAGUGCCAAUCGAGAUAGUGCCACAGCUCCAGAACCAAAUGAUUGCCCGGCAGAAGGAGAGGAGGAAAAUGGAGCCCUUCUGCACCAUCACCACAUGCACCACCAUCAUCAUCACCUGCACCUUUCAUCUCAUGGCCACACUCACCCCCUCCAGGGGGCCUCCUGUGACAUAACAGGGAUGGGCGAGUGUUCACAGAAUCAUGGGCCUGGUGGCAGUGGAGGAAGUGGGGUAGAAUGCCCCAAAUGUGACACCAUUCUGGGUUCCUCACGCUCUUUGGGUGGUCACAUGACCAUGAUGCAUUCACGCAACUCAUGCAAGACAUUAAAAUGUCCCAAAUGCAACUGGCAUUACAAGUACCAGCAGACGUUGGAGGCCCACAUGAAAGAGAAGCACCCAGACUCUGGAGGCUCCUGUGUGUACUGCAGCAGUGGUCAGAGCCAUCCUCGUCUAGCUCGUGGAGAAAGUUAUACCUGUGGAUACAAGCCCUUCCGGUGUGAGGUGUGUAACUACUCCACCACCACAAAGGGAAACCUAAGCAUCCACAUGCAGUCAGACAAGCACCUGAACAAUAUGCAGACACUACAAAAUGGAGGCUCCAUUGGUUCUGCGCAGGAGCAGGUGUUUGGACAUGCCCCGGGAGGAGUGGUGGCUGUCCCCUCAGUGACCCAGGCUAGCAGUCAUCACCCUCCCCAUCACCACCCUACACAGUCCUCCACCCAUGUGGCCGGACCAUGUGGGGCCCCCUCGCCAACCAAGCCGAAGAGCAAACCUACUUGGCGGUGUGAGGUAUGUGACUACGAGACCAAUGUGGCACGGAACCUGCGUAUCCACAUGACCAGCGAGAAGCACAUGCACAACAUGAUGCUACUCCAGCAGAAUGUGACUCAGAUGCAGCAUGGCCGGCUGGGAUUGGGAGCCAUGCCCUCACCCUCUGAGGCUGAGCUCUAUCAAUAUUACCUGACCCAGAACAUGAGCCUUCCACCUGGCCUCAAGAUGGACCCAGCUGGAGCUGAGGCCCAGUUCCUCAUGGGGAGCUUUCACCUGGAUCCCAACAUGGCUGCCUUGGCUCCUGCACUUGUAGGUGGAGAGAUCCCUAUGGACGUGCGGCUGGGUGGUGGGCAGUUAGUAUCUGAAGAACUGAUGACCCUGGGAGAAAGUCUAUCACAAACAAGCGACCCCUCCCUCAAGCUCUUUCAAUGCGCUGUGUGCAACCGCUUCACCACUGACAACCUGGAUGUGCUUGGUAUGCACAUGGGAGCUGAACGCAGCCUACCAGAGGAGGAGUGGCGUGCUGUGGUGGGCGACUCUCACCAGUGCAAGUUGUGCCACUACACCACUCAGCUUAAGGCCAACUUCCAGCUGCACUGCAAGACAGACAAGCAUGUUCAAAAGUACCAGCUGGUGGCCCACAUCAAAGAAGGGGGCAAAGGCAACGAAUGGCGUCUGAAAUGUGUGGCCAUAGGCAAUCCAGUGCACCUGAAGUGCAAUGCCUGCGACUACUACACUAACAGCCUGGAGAAAUUGAGGAUGCACACCGUCAAUUCCCGGCAUGAGGCUAGUCUCAAACUCUACAAGCACCUGCAACAGCACGAAAACGCGGUAGAGGGUGAUGCCUGCUUCUACCAUUGUGUGCUGUGUAACUACUCGACCAAGGCCAAGCUCAACCUGAUCCAGCAUGUGCGCUCAAUGAAGCACCAGCGCAGUGAGAGCCUAAGGAAGCUUCAGCGUUUGCAGAAAGGCCUGCCAGAGGAGGAGGAGGACCUCAGUUCCAUCUUCACCAUUCGCAAAUGCCCCUCUUCAGAUACAGGAGAGCUGAGUGAGGAUGUGGAGGCUGCUAGUGAGACCACCACAGACCAGGAGGACCAAACCAAAGACAGAGAAAGUGGGGGGGAGAAGGAGCUCACCAAAGGGACAGAGGUGUCCGCCCAAUUGGAACGGCACCAGUCAGAUUCCCCGAUCCCUUCCAAAAGGCCCUCUUCACGCUCAGAGGUCUCUGAGAGCCCGCUCUCCUCAAAGCGUCCCAGGACAGCUGAAAAGAGGGCUGCAGAGCAGAUGUACCAGUGCCCCUACUGCAAGUUCACCAACACUGACCUGAAUCGUCUCAGAAUGCACGUGAUGACGCAGCACUCUGUCCAGCCUAUGUUACGCUGCCCAUUAUGCCAGGACAUGCUCAACAACAAGAUCCAUCUGCAGUUCCACCUCACACACUUACACAGUGUGGCGCCUGACUGCGUUGAUAAGCUCAUCGCCACAGUGACAGCAACUGAUGUACUGCCAGCAAGCAUGUUCAUACCUGUACCUGGUCCAGACAGAGAGUCUCAGAACACCCCUAAUGCCGCAGCCAACUCCAACUCUGAAGAUACAAAGAAGCAAGUUGAUGCAUCAGAUGCUGAUCCAGAGAAGGGGGUGUCACUCCCUACAGAAAUAGCUGAAGCUCGCAAGUCACCUCUUGAAGAUCAACAAACAGAGAGGGAUGAUUCCACAGGAUUCUUGUGCUGGAAGAAAGGUUGCAACCAAGUGUUCAAGUCCUCCAAUUCCCUCCAGAUGCACUUCAAUGAAGUUCACAACAAAAGGCCUCAGUUGCCUGUUUCGGAUCGCCAUGUCUACAAGUAUCGUUGUAACCAAUGCAGCUUGGCCUUCAAGACUGUGGAGAAGCUUCAGCUCCAUUCACAGUACCAUGUGAUAAGAGCAGCCACCAUGUGCUGUCUCUGCCAGCGUAGCUUCAGAACACUACAAGCCUUGAAGAAACAUUUGGAAACCAGCCACCUGGAACUGAGUGAAGCUGAUAUCCAGCAGCUGUAUGGAGGCUUAUUGAUGAAUGGUGACAUUAUGGUCAUGGGUGAUCCAUCCCUUGGUGAGGAGCAUGGAAGUCUGGGAGAAGAUGACAAAGAGGGAGAUGAGAGUGACCCAGAGGAAAAGCAAAGCCCUACAGGUAGUGACUCUGGCUCACUGCAGGAAGAUUCUGGAUCUGAACCUAAACGUGCUUUGCCAUUCAGAAAGGGCCCCAACUUUACUAUGGAGAAGUUCUUGGAUCCAUCUCGUCCUUUCAAGUGCACUGUAUGCAAAGAGUCUUUUACACAGAAGAACAUUCUUCUGGUUCACUAUAACUCUGUCUCCCACCUGCACAAGGUGAAGAGGGCUCUUCAGGAGUCAACUACUGGUCAGCCUGAGCCUACCAGCAGCCCUGAUAACAAGCCAUUCAAGUGCAGCACUUGUAAUGUGGCAUAUAGCCAGAGUUCUACUUUGGAGAUCCACAUGCGCUCUGUUCUACAUCAGACCAAAGCUAGGGCAGCCAAACUUGAAGCCGCAGGAGGGAUCACUAGCUCUGCAAGUGCUACUGGUGCAAGUUGUGGAGGAUCCAGCAUUAGCACUUCAACACCUAGUCCAAGCCCAGCCAGCAACUCAACUACUAGCUCUACCAACCACAGUUCUUCUGGGUCUCAAACAGCUCAGAACAUUCUUGGAGGAAACCACAUGAGCCAGACUCAUAGUAUUGAAAGCCUGGGGAAUUCUUCAGUGAGCUGCCAUUCCUCACCAUCUGAGAACCAUGAUAUAAAAAAGUCUAAAUAUACAGACAUGCUGUCUGCUAGGGGACAACAACAACAACAACAACAACAACAGCAGAUUCAGCAACAACAGCAAUUGGCACAGGCUCAAGCCCAAGCUCAAGCCCAACUUCAGCAAGAGCUUCAACAGCAAGCUGCUCUGUUACAAUCACAGCUAUUCAACCCGGCACUUCUGCAGCACUUCCCAAUGACAACAGAUGCACUUCUCCCCCUGCAACAGCAGCAGUUAUUAUUUCCUUUCUACAUCCCUGGAGCAGAAUUUCAGCUGAACCCAGAGAUAAGCAUCAGUAACUCAGCACUAGGCCUAGCAGGAUCCACCUCCUCACUGCUGGAAGAUCUAAAAAACUCAGCCCAGCAGGCCCAACAGAGCUGCUUGCAGCAGCAACUGAUGCACCAUCACCUCCAACAGCAACAUCAACAACAACAGCAGCAACAACAGCAGCAGCAACAGCAACAUGCUCACUCACAGGCUCAAGGGCAGAUGGCAUUGCUGCAGCAGAGUGCAUCUCUCCUGCAGCAGGUUGAAAAAAAGAAGCAUCAUUCCUCUCCGAAUGAGAAAGACAGAGAAGUACAAAGAGACAAGGACACAACUGAAAAAAAUGAGGAAUAUGUUAACAAAGAUUCUACAGACAUCAAGCCAAAAGAAAAGAAGGACAUCCAGCAUAUUUCAAUAAAUAUAAACCAUGAUACUGGCUUACCUCCACCAAGGAUUGCUUCAGAUGCUCGUGGAAAUGCAACCAAAGCCCUGCUGGAAAAUUUUGGGUUUGAGUUAGUGAUUCAGUACAAUGAAAAUAAACAGAAAGCUCAGAAAAAGACAGCUGGACCUACAGGAUCAAGUGGUCCAGGUGGGAUAACAAGAGUGGUGGACCCCAUUGAGGGAUUAGAGAAACUGGAAUGUGAAGCCUGUGGCAAGCUGUUUUCAAACAUACUGAUUCUAAAGAGUCACCAGGAGCAUAUCCACCAGGCUUUUUUUCCAUUUCGAUCCCUUGAGAGAUUUGCCAAGGAAUACAGAGAGCAUUAUGAUAAACUCUAUCCACUAAGGCCCCCUACACCAGAGGCUGCUGCGGCUCCUCCACCUCCUCCUCCUCCACCCCCACCUCCUCCUCCACCUCCACCCCAAAGAGCUCCCACACCAAAUAUUCCUGUGUCUGCUGCCUCACUUACACCUCCAAGUGUAUCUACUCCACAGCCACCAGUUACAAUGGCACAAAUUUCCAUGCCAAUGGAUUUGCCCCUCUUUUCACCACUCAUGAUGCAGCCCAUGUCUCUUCAGUCCUUGCCCACUCAGCUGACACCCCAGUUAUCAUCUGUUGAGCCUAACCUGGCCUCAGACCUGGCCCAGCUCUAUCAACAACAGCUCACACCAGCCAUGCUACAGCAGCAGAACAAGAGGCCACGGACACGCAUUACUGAUGACCAGCUAAGGGUCCUGCGACAGUACUUUGACAUCAACAAUUCACCAAAUGAGGAACAGAUUAAAGAGAUGGCAGACAAGUCAGGGCUGCAGCAAAAAGUCAUAAAGCACUGGUUCAGGAACACCCUUUUCAAGGAGCGACAGCGCAACAAAGACUCACCAUACAAUUUCAAUAAUCCACCAACAACAACCCUAGAAGAUACCAAAAUUGACUCUAAACCUCCUUCCCCUGAACCUCAGAAACAUGAUUAUUAUGGGAGCAAGAGAUCAUCCAGAACUAGAUUCACUGACUACCAGCUACGAGUGCUACAAGACUUCUUUGAUGCCAAUGCUUAUCCUAAAGAUGAUGAAUUUGAACAGCUCUCCAACCUACUCAGCCUUCCCACUCGUGUUAUUGUUGUGUGGUUCCAAAAUGCCCGUCAGAAGGCAAGGAAGAAUUAUGAAAACCAGGGUGAAGGGGGAAAAGAGGGUGAAAGGCGAGAAUUGUCAAAUGACCGCUAUAUCCGUACCUCAAAUCUGAACUACCAGUGCAAGAAAUGCAGUCUGGUUUUCCAGCGUAUAUUUGAUCUAAUAAAACACCAAAAGAAGCUGUGUUACAAAGAUGAAGAUGAGGAUGGACAGUAUGACAGCCAAAAUGAGGAUUCAAUGGAUCUUUCCCAUGAAUGUUAUACUCCCUCUGGGUCUUCCUGUCACACCCCAAUGCCAUCCUCUUCAAGUCUCUGCCCACUUCCACCCUCAACUUCAGCAUUCUCACACCUCCCAUCCACCGAAAAAGAGGAGGCAUCACCAGCAACCACCUCAAACCUCUAUGAUGAGAAGCCCAAGCAGCUACCAGAAAUUUCUGCUGAUCCACGAGAAAACCAAACCUCUAUUAAGCAGGAAAUUGUGCAUCAACCCCAAUCUGAGGCACAACACCAUAAACCUCAGAGAGAAGAAAAGAUUCAAACAAUUUCCAAGCCCAUCAAACAUUCAUCUCCUUCCUUCUCUCAGCAACAACAGCAGUGUGGUCCCUCAGCCUCUCAGACAAGCCAGGCCCCAUCUCAAAGCUCUCACAUGAGCCUCAAUGCACACCUGAGCUCUGCUACACAACAGGCCCAGCAGAUGAUCCCAUACCAGUGUGAACAGUGCAAGAUUGGCUUCCCCUCUUUUGAGCACUGGCAGGAACACCAGCAAUUACACUUCCUCUCUGUGCAAAAUCAAUUCAUCCACCCUCAAUUUCUUGACCGUCCAAUUGACAUGCCUUUCAUGCUAUUUGAUCCCAGCAAUCCUCUCUUGGCAAGUCAGUUACUCUCUGGGGCAAUGCCACAGAUUCCCAGCAGUUCUGCCACUUCUCCGUCCACUCCCACUUCCACUAUGAACUCCCUGAAGAGGAAGUUAGAGGAGAAAGCUGGCACUAGUCCAGGAGAGAAUGACAGCACAAACAGCGGAGAGGAGCCACAGAGAGACAAGAGGCUCAGAACCACCAUCACACCUGAGCAGUUAGAGAUUCUUUAUCAAAAGUAUUUAUUGGAUUCAAAUCCUACACGUAAAAUGCUGGACCACAUUGCUCAUGAGGUGGGAUUGAAAAAGAGAGUAGUGCAAGUCUGGUUCCAAAAUACAAGAGCCAGGGAGAGAAAAGGCCAGUUUAGAGCAGUAGGGCCAGCUCAAGCUCAUCGUAGGUGCCCUUUUUGUAGAGCUCUUUUUAAAGCAAAAACUGCCCUUGAAGCACAUAUUCGCUCUCGUCACUGGCAUGAAGCCAAACGUGCUGGCUAUAAUUUAGCUCUCCAUGGUAUGUUACCUGAACCCGAGGGCAUGCAAAUAAAAAUUGAUGCUCUAGAUACAUCAAGCUACUCCCAGAUGGCCCCUAUAAACAGUGAUGGACAAAGUUCUUCCAUGUCACCAGUGAAUAGAAACAUGGAUUUGUCUCCCAGGGCUCUACUGAGCCCUUCAUCCAUUAAAGUUGAGGGAAUGGAAGAUUUUGAGAGUGCAGCUAUAUCCUCUGUGAACCUCAGCUUUGAUCCAAGCAAACUUGAUAAUGACGACUGCUCUUCUGUGAAUACAGCCAUCACAGACACAACCACAGGUGAUGAGGCCAAUGCUGAUAAUGACAGUGCUGAUGCAAAGCACAGCCAAAGUAGUGGUGAUUACCUAUCUAAGUCUGGGGGUACUGCCCCUCUCCUUGAAAAUGAUGACCAGAUGUCCUCAGGGCUAGUAAGCCCUGCAACAAGCUAUUAUGCGAAGGACUAUGAAAAUGAACAUAUAAUUGACCACAGUGAGACAUCCAGUCUGGCUGACCCCUGCUCACCAAGUCCUGGAGCUUCAGGUACCAGGAGCAUUGACAGCGGAGAUCGACCUGGCCAAAAACGCUUCCGAACCCAGAUGACUAACCUCCAGCUCAAAGUGUUGAAAUCCUGUUUUAACGACUACAGGACUCCCACUAUGCUGGAAUGUGAGGUACUUGGCAAUGACAUUGGACUUCCAAAGAGAGUGGUUCAGGUGUGGUUUCAAAAUGCCCGUGCCAAGGAGAAAAAGGCAAAGCUCAACAUGGCCAAGCACUUCGGAAUAAAUCAGACGUCCUACGAGGGGCCGAAGACUGAAUGCACUUUGUGUGGUGUCAAGUACAGUGCUCGCCUCUCUGUUCGUGAUCACAUUUUCUCCCAGCAACACAUCUCUAAGGUGAAGGAAACCAUUGGCAGCCAGAUCGAUAAAGAAAAAGAAUACUUUGACCCAGCCACUGUCCGCCAACUUAUGGCCCAGCAGGAGAUGGACCGCAUUAAGAAGGCCAAUGAAGUUUUAGGACUGGCACAGCAGCAGGCCAUGCAACAACAGGGGAUGUUUGAUAACCCUGCAAUGCAGGCGCUGAAUCUCCAGUCAGCCUAUCCAAAUCUGCAAGGCAUCCCACCUGUCCUUUUGCCAGGGGUUGGCAGCCCCUCUCUUUCCAGCUUUAAUUCAUCUAAUUCAGCUUUAACUCCUCCGAAACCUUCAAACCUCCUGAACAUGCCUGGUGCCAGUGUUCCCUCACCUAGCCUCCCUACAUCUGGAUUACCCAACAAACCUCCCUCCUCAUCGUCUCUGGCCGCAUCCAGCCCAGCCCAGACCAACACAUCUGUUUCCCACUCAAGCCCCACCUCUACAUCCACCUCCACUUCCUCAACCACCCUGUCUGGCUCCCGGCCUGAACUCCCCAAAGAUCGUGAUGCUGAGAGAUUAAGAGAAAAGGAGAAGUCCAGGGAAAAGGCAGAGAAGCCCUCAACCCCAUCAUCAACUGGAAGCACCCCUGCCCCGUCCACUUCUGCUACCAGUGCCAAGAAGGAAAAACCAGACACCGCUGUACCUGCCACUUCUAUGCCCACACCUGGAAUGGAGUAUGUGGUAGACCCUGCCCAGCUUCAGGCCCUGCAGGCUGCUCUGGCAUCAGACCCCACAGCUCUCCUCACUAACCAGUUCCUGCCCUAUUUCAUGCCUGGCUUUUCCCCUUAUUACACCCCUCAGAUCCCUGGGGCUCUUCAAGGGGGCUACCUGCAACCAAUGUAUGGUAUGGAAAGUCUCUUCCCUUACAACCCAGCAUUGUCACAAGCACUGAUGGGCCUGUCUCCAGGGUCCCUGCUGCAGCAUUACCAGCAAUAUCAGCAGAGCUUGCAGGAAGCACUACAGCAGCAGCAGCGGCAGCUUCAGCAGAUCCAGCAACCCAAGGCGAGCCAAACUCCAGUUCCCCCUCAAUCCUUGGGGGAUCGCAAAGAAUCUGCCAAAGAUCUAGUGAAAAAAGAGGAGCAAAAGGGCAACUCCCAUAGUGAACCCCCCACAUCCUCCUCUUCCUCAUCCUCCUCCUCUCAUAAUAAAGUACCCUCUGAGCAGAAUGAGAUGGAUGGCAAAGCUGUGGAUCACCAUCUAGACCAAUUCAUCGUCCCCAAGGUGCAGUAUAAACUGGCAUGCCGCAAGUGUCAAGCAGUUUUCACCAAGGAAGAAGCGGCUAUUACCCACCUUAAAUCUAACUGUUUUUUCGGUCAGUCUGUGGCAAACCUGCAAGAGAUGUUGCUGCGUGUCCCCAGUGGCGUAGGUGCAGGAGCUGGAAGUCUCUAUGACUGCCUGGCUUGUGACACUACGUUGGAUGGGGAGAAAGCACUCAGUCAACACCUGGAAUCGGCAUUGCACAAACACAGAACAAUCAAGCGAUCAGCCAGAAAUGCCAAAGAGCACGCUACUAGUUUAUUACCUCACUCUUCAGCCUGCUUCCCCAAUCCUAACACCGCAUCUACCUCGCAGUCUGCCACUCAUCCCAUCAGCAGCCCCCCUACCCCGCCAACAACAUCAGCCACCAUGCCAUCCUCUGCUGUCUCCUCUUCCCUGUGCUCCUCCUCGACUACCCCACUCAACACCACAGCUGCAGGCAAACCCUGGCCCCAGGCCCCUUUCUCCAGAGCUUUAGCUGGGAAGCCCAAUGCCAGUCCCCCCUCUUCUUCCUCCUCUUUUCCACCAGUGUCCUCACCUUCAACGGUUACCUCAAGUUCAUUGAGCACCUCAGGAGUUCAGACCUCGAUACCAACAGACGUCUUUACCGACGAGUCUGAUUCUGACAGCAGUCAGAAGUCAGCAGACAGGCUGGGCAGGACGGCAGAGGAGCCGCAGCAGCCUGGCUUUGUCAAAGACAGUAGUAGUUGUAGUAAUCUUGCUAGUGUAGGAACAGACUCCAUCAGAUUGUAAAAGAGCUUUCAGUGAUGGACAAUAUUUAAAAAACACAAAAAAGACAAAAAAAAAUCACAAAUGGAAAAAACAUAAAAAGCAGCAAUGUUAAAAAUACAUUAAAAGUAUACAAACCAAUUUCAGAAAAAGAUGUGUAAAGACUAACUGCAAUUCCAAAGCUUGUAACCAAAAAUUUAAAUGUUAGUGGAUUGUUUUCCCAUAUCAACAUGCUGGUUUUCUUUUUGUUUGUGUUUUCUUUGUUUUUGUUUUGUUUUACUCAACUGAAAUACAUGCAUACUAUAUAUGAGAAUAGAAAGGAUUGCUGCAGUUAUGUUUUGGGUUAUGGUAGAGGAACGCUGUACUGUAUGGCAAUGGACUGCCUCAAAGUUGACAAAUGGCCCAAAAACCCUUUUGAAGAAAUACGAGUCAACAAGCUGUCCUUUUGUUUUGUAAUAAUUUUUACUUAAUAGCACAGUCACAAAAAGCCAGUAUGUACUGUAUGGGAGAAUAGUCUAUCAAUUUUCUUGCUAUUUAAGCAUUCAGAUACCAAUGGCUUGCAAAAGUAAAAGAAUAAUGUAAUGUCUAUUUUAUUCUCAGGUCAACAGCUCACUGAUGUUUUUCUGUUACAGAAAUCCAUGUUUUACACCUUUUGUU